AAGAGUUGUUGGAGCAAUUAUGAGACAUAUGCCGAAUAGCCCUACUUUGCGAGGGUUGAGAAAAAACUCACGCCGUUGUUGGAGUCGGUCUAUGGCUGCCUACGUGCAACGAUGCGUGAGAUUCGGUAUGUGUAAGUCCUGGAUUAAGUCUUUUGAUCCGGCCAGGCUUGAGUCUUUGCUGAACGAGAAAGGGCCGGUGAUUACUCGUCUUUAUCUUGACAAAACCAAGCCCAAGCCUCUGUCGAAAUCAACGUUGGCCUCACAGUCGCUGCGAGUUUGUUCUUCCUGUAAGAAAAAGCUCGACGACUCUGAUCAGGAUCAGACCACUCGUCUUUAUCUUGACAAGACUAGCAACGCCAAGCCCAAGCCUCUGUCGAAAAUGAUGUAUUUACAGUCGAUGCUAAUUUGUUCUUCCUGGAAGAAACAGAUCGAGGACUUUGAACAGGAUCAGACCACGCGUGACUCUGAUAAAUUUGAUAUCCAGGAGAAGUUGUCGUCUGAUAUUGCUUCUACAUCAACCUCCAUGCCUCACUCGCCAUCACCGUAAGAUAAAAGGUUGGAAUGUUUUGCACCUGACUCGCCAUAGCUAAGCUGCUCCAACCAUUUUCAAAGCGCAAAACUAAAAUCCCCACUUAUGUCUAGCAAAUAUAUAUUCCGCUCUCUCUUUCUCUUUUAAAUCUCCCAGACCAGUUGUUUUGUAACUUUAAUUUGCCAUGUUUUUUUUAUGACUGAAAACAAACUUUUAGUUAUGUUUGUCAUAAUGAUUUGGCCAAUGUGUUAAGCAAGCACUCAA